AUGGACGAUCUACUCGCAAUCUCAAAGUCCAUCCUGGACAAGGUGCCGCGGCUCCAGGCGCUAGACAACUACUUCAGAACUCCAGAGAUCCUUGCGCGACAGCAACGUGUCGAUCAGCUUGAGGAGCUGGCCCAGCAGAAUGCUAAGAGAUUCCGCGAGGACACAGCUGGCAAGAUUGAUAUCCGGCCGUUUAGGACGCUCGUUUUGGAGCAAUCCAAGCUCGAGGAGGAAAUCGAGAAAGACAGAGCUCUGUUUUUGAAACAGCUCCUCAACGACUGGGGCACGGUUCCGGAAAGCCUUCAGGCGCUGGCAGCUUCUACAUCCCAAACUCCACAAAAUCUUUUGCCAACUGAUUCGAUACCCACGCCCCCAGCUCCACGAGCUCCAUUUCCAGCUAGUUCGAUACCUACACCUUCGCACAGCUCUGCAGUCCACGAUGGUCUGGAAAGAGCCGAGCCAGAGCGCAAUGCGACCGCUGGAUCCCAACCCUCAUUGACCGAUAAUGCCGAACGUAUCUCGAGCAGAAAGCCCCGAACCUCUGCAUCGCGACGAAGAUCCUCCAACAUCUCGCGCGAUGAGAACCGACUCGUCAAACGCAGUCGUCGAGGCGAAAUAACACCUUCCCUUACGCCGGACCGAUCUAUCAAGUUCAACGAGGUCUUUCAGGGUGGCGACGCUCCAGCCAAGUACAGGAUUGUGCAGUUUCCGUUUCGCCAAGGAAAUUGGUACAUCUUGGAGUGCAAGGACUGCGAUAUCCAGUUCCAAGGAGAGGAUGUUGUUGAGGAUGCAUAUGACCAUUUCUAUCACAACCACGGCCGCAGUUUUAGUACCACAGAGGAGCAAGUUGUUCAGGUGCUGGGCACCCAUGUGUCGGACUGCAAUACGGAGCUCGCCGAGAAAAACAAUGCGCUCUGUACCCUACCUCCGGAUCCAGAUGGCGACGAGACAGAGCUUGAAAAUGGAGAUGAAGAGCCAUCCGAACGCCCGAACCACGCGAAUACACGAAAGAAGAAAGGGAAACGCGGGAGACGGAAGAAUCCCUCCGCUCAUUGGGUGCCUCCCAAGGCAUUCAAGGAUGUUGAUCCUCGAAUCAUCAAUGCAAAGCCGGGCGACAUCGUCUGCUUGUAUAAUGACAGAACCAAGUCCUUUUCUCCUCUCAUGAUCCUUCCGUGGGGACCUUUCCCACGUUUCAAGCUCAAUAAGGUCUUACAGGACGUAGAACUCCACACAACAAUCCCCAAAUGCUAUGAUGGUGCAAAACCCACGGAUCUUACUCCGUCACCUUGGGCCCCUGGCUAUGAAGACAAUGGCGACUUGGCUCACAAGCGUAGCCUUCCGGGUCUUUUCUUUCGUGCUGCUCAAGAUUUCCCAUAUGACUGCAGGUCGGGUUGGGUCCCGUUGAACAAGCUCAAGGUCUACGAUAAGGCUUGCCCUCGCACUCGGAACAAAGAAUCCGUUGAAGAGUACAUCGAAUACUAUGCAGAGUGGUGCAAUGACCCAUCGGCCGGGGGCAUGCAGGAUGAGGCGACCGCACCAGAGAGAACCCAUCGGCUUCAACCAGGAAGCCAUCGAGGUCCUGAGAACAGCGCCGUAGGUCAGUCCAUGGCACGGAGUACAGUUCAAAGCCCUCGACACUUGGCAGAACAGAACAGUGUUGCGCCUACAAUUGAAGAUGUUGAUAUCAAGGAAGAGCCAGAAGAUGACAACGAACAUAGCGAAUAUGACGAAAGAGAAGAGAGUGAAGGCAGGGAGGAAGAAGGGGAAGAACACUGUGAUGAGCAAAGACCUCAAUGUUCACGAUGUCUCGAUAAAGACAUCCCAUGUGAAUAUCCUCGUCAAAAAUCUCGUGCAUUGAGAUCACCUACUCAAGAAGACACAUGGAGUCAACUCCAGUCUCUCACCAUCCCAACGCCAUACUACGCCCGUUCAACAAGCGCGAGUCUCUCAACGUCAGAUCUCUCACCGGGCUUGUCGCCCUAUCUCGCACCAAGCCCCAACUUCACUCUCCUCCCGCAAGAAAUCCCCCUUCCAUCCGUCGAUCUCGGCGCCGCAGAGCUUGAACUCUUUAGUUACUAUCUCUCCCACACAGCGCGCUCUCUAGCCUACGAUGAAGAUGAUUUGUAUGCAUUGCAAGUUGGAUUUCCCAAUCUUGCUUUCAGAAGUAAACCCCUCAUGAGCUCUAUCCUCGCUCUCGCAGCUGUGCGAAAAUGUCACGAUUUGAUAUCUCAACCUUUGCAGAGGAUCGACAAGAGUCAAGUUAGGCAUUUACUUGCUCUUGCAGAUGAACAUCAUAGGGCUUCGCUUCGGCAGACGAGGGCUGAUAUUCCAAUUGCUAAUCAUUACGACCACGUUGUUGCGAAUGCACCGCUGAUGGUCCUUUACGCAACGGCGAAUCACGCUGUGAGAAUUCACGUUGAAAAGACAUUGGAUGCAGGGGAGAGAACGAGCUUGGCGCCGGUGCAGUUACACUGGAUGACGCUCAUCCGGGCGGCGCAUCUAGCGUAUACGGGUCUUUUGCACUCGACGAAGGAUUUUGGAUUCUUGGAGGACUUUACGGCUAGUCCGCCUGACAUCACCUUGAACAGCCAGUCAACUAAUGGCUUGAUUCCUUUGGGGGAGAACGGACCUACGCCCCAGACAGAGCAACUUCUCAUGCCUAUUAUCGCGGCGACAUCGGGGUCAGCGCUGGAGAAGUUACGAAUGAGAGCGCAGGCUUUGGAGUUCGCUGCGCACUUGAAGCCAUCCUGGGAGUCACCGGGUGAGGAUACUGAACUUCAAGCCUGUCUUGUUGCCCUCGAAGCGCUGAGCAGUAUCGUGAAUGAGCUGUUUCACCCAGAUCAGAGCGCUUAUACAGAUUCCCAACAACCUGAUCUAGAAGCGGGUUGGGCUGCACUGAGUCAACUCUCAGAUGUAUCACCUUGGCUACGAAAUUACAUGGCCCGCGUAACAUUCUCGACACCACCCAAACCCCUCCGCCGAACAAUAAUGUGGUUCCUGAACCGGAUCCCCAGCGAAUUUCUCAGCAUCGUCGAGUCUGUGCUAGAUAACAUCCCCACAAGUCCAGGAAAUAUUCCCGACGAGGGUAUUCAGUGUGAAGGCGAUGUCUCUGAGACGACGAGACUUGCUAUGGAUAUCUUCUCUCAUUGGCUUGUUUUGGUUAUGCUGUUAGAUGGUGUUUGGUGGAUUGGAGGUAUUGGGGCUUGUGAGUUGGGGAGGAUAGUGAAGUAUACGAGAAGGAAGAAUUUCUUUGGGGAGUUUCUGGGGAUGGAGACGUGGUGGCCGAGGAGUAUGCUUAAUAUUGCUAUGGAAAUAGGAAGUCAAUCCUAG